GUCUAGUCAAUACGGAACGAAUUCUGAGGGAGCUCUGAUUGGUCGAGGAUUUGUGCAUGAUACUUAUAUGUAAAUCGGUGUAUAUCAUCAACUAUAUUGAGAGAAUUGCUCUAAAUCACAAGUGUGAGCUACUACUAGCUGAGCUGGAUGAUGUAUGAGUAAAAUGAAUUCGUAUUUUGCAACACCGUUCCUUCAAGCUCUACCUGGUGAGACGCAGAGUGUCCAAAGUAACAUAGGAUCUCUCCCCGGAAGAUUUGAACCGAGCGCCAGUGGAAGCUUUGACAUACAGAAUGGUGGCCAAUGUGCCGGAAUGAGCGGACAAUUCGCUGGACAGUCUUCUGGUCAUUAUGAUCUAAGUCACUGCUCAAGACAGCCUGUAGAGUCCAAUGGAUAUGAGGCUCAAAGACAAUAUGGCAGUCCAAAUGGCUGGAGUGGCCACGGUCACAUCGGUAGCUCAAGUGCCGGGGCAGAGCUCCCACCGGUUAGUAGCGAUACCGCCUUUGCAAAUGCUUGUAGUAACCUGGGACAGCCGAACAACUUCUCACAGACUCAAACGCUUCCGUUCUACCCAUGGAUGGGAAUAGUAGGCCCCAACUCAUCCCAAAGAAGACGAGGUAGACAAACAUAUAGUCGCUAUCAAACUCUAGAAUUGGAGAAAGAGUUCCAGUUUAACCAUUACCUGACGAGAAAAAGAAGAAUUGAAGUUGCACACUCUUUAUGCCUAACUGAAAGACAGAUAAAAAUAUGGUUUCAGAACCGACGUAUGAAGCUAAAGAAAGAAAAGCAACAAAUAAAAGAUCUGAACGAAAGUACAAAAGGUGAAGAGGAAGAAGAUAAACCAUCAGACUGA